CAUCCCUCUCGUCGUGGUUUUCCCCUACUUGGCUAACCACUAUGAUCUUUGAUAUUGACGUGUACGAUCAUCCGGAAACCUCAGCCUUUUUGAAGGAUGAAUUAUCUUUACUUAACGAACAGAUAAGGAUUGUUGAAGGACUUGAGCAUGCUAGAGCCCGUCUUCUGGCCAAAUCUUCGUUGGAGUACAAUACACUAUCGAAGUGCGAUGUGUUCAUGCGUUAUGCCAAUGAAAGUACCCCUGGCAGUAACUUCGACCUCGAAAUCCGUAAGCUGAGCCUGGACGAGCUGGCUUUCUGCUCCAUUAGUUUCGAAGACAGGCGCCUCAAACAUGUGGUCCACCAUUUCAAAGCGGCGAAUAUCCGGAAGUAUAUGACGACAACACACGUCUCAUGCCUCGAACGGCAGGAAAUUUUCAGACGACUGAACCGUUUAUGCGCUGAAUCUGAGGGGAAACCAUUUAAGGAGAUCUACUCGUCUGCCUAUAUGGUAUACAACAAUUUUUUGGCCAAGGGCUCUAUGGAAUCGAAUGAGAUGGAUGUUGAGACUUCACUAGAUCCCGAACCUGCCACGAUGGCUAAACAGCCUGGCUCCUUUGAGUUCCCCACGGCGCGAUGGAGCAACAUUGACAAAGUGUUUCCUGCACAAGCUGCAAACGCCAUCCGCCACGCGCCGCAACGUAUAGCAGAUCCGGAAAUAACAGAUUGUGUGCGAUCUAGAUUCCCUAGGGGUCGGAGUGAAGGCGAUGCGAUCGUUUGGUUGGACAUCGGGUCCAACGGGGCACUGCCAUUCCUACCUACAUAUAGGUCAGGUAUCGAAAUGGAGCAAGUUCGUGCCAUAUUUGGGGAUGCUAUCUAUGAUGCUGUUGAUGAAAGUGACCUGCGAAAGUGGGAAAAAAGAAAUGGACGUUUGAGUACAACAGAAUGCGUGAAGAUGAAGGUAUUUUGUCACAUGGAGCUUCGAAUAGGAUACGACACAACUAUAGCGAAGAAAUUAUUCAAUUGAUGGAAUAAUAGCCUUUAUAUAUUGUCGCAGAUAUGCCUGCAGGAAGUCUCAUGAUGCCAUGACUUUGCUUGGUGUUCCACACUUCGUGAUCCGCUUCAAAGAAAACCACUUCUUCGCAAUCUCUACAAAGAAGUAGCCGAUCAUUGGUCGCCUUUUCAAUCGAUUCGAGUGAUACAUAUUCGGUAAGCUUCUUCAAUCGAUCAUCGUCUGCAGGGAGCGUUUCCCACCGUGAUUCCUACCAGUAUCACAUCAGUACUGUAUAUGAUUCUCUUUUAGGAGCCAUACCAAGUCGUCUUUUCUGGUUGUCAUAACAAUCUGAAAAGGUACUCUGAGGGUACAAAGCCUGCUGUAGUUGGGCAUCAGUCUUGAUCUCCGUCGGGAUGGACUUCUUAUGGCUUUACCUCCGAAGCAAAUGGGUGGUGUGCUGAGAAGUUGCGUUUUGCAAUCUUUUGGAGCGGCGCUUUGUUGCAUCGCAUGGAGACAACUACACCAAGUGAGUCGUCUGAAGCUUUGAAACUUAUGAGCGAGCGACAGCCAGAGAAUUUUAAGGUGGGGGUUAAUAAACUAGGAGGGGCAUGUGAUCUGAUCAGGUUAGUCUUCCGUGGUCGAUACCCAAAGCGGGGCAGCGGAGCAUCUUCAGCAUCGAGGAUAUUAUCACGUGAUGUACUGUCCCACUCGCUCGUCUCGCAGUAAUGAGCGACGUAAACUCUAUAGAACUUUCGGUGGACCAGGAAGGCGCUGCAGCCACACUGGCCAUAGCCGCACCUAUUCUAUCAGGUAGAGCUUGCUUUUCAAUCAAGCAGAAGCCUCACCGCCUUCUGGUUCAUAUCCGCUAUCUUUAUCGUUUGCGUGAGAUUUCACAUCGCAGGCUAAGGCAGACAUUUUGACUUCAGCCCGAAUUGAUUUAGGUGCCUUGUAUAGAAUAUCACAAACG